AAGGAGCACUUUCUCUCUUGCUACUGGAGUGUCAACAGCCCAGCCCUGAAGCACCAUGACCCCAGCCUGCCCUACUUAGAGCAGUAUCGCAUCGACUGCCAGCAGUUCCGUCUCCUCUACCAUCUCCUCAGCCCCUGGGCCCGUUGCGCAAACAAGGACUCCCUCGCCCUCUGGACCUUCCGGUUGCUGGAUGAAAAUUUAGACGGCCUUAUAAACUUCAAGGAAUUUGCCUGCGUUCUCGAUACCAUGUAUUAUGGAAGUUUUACCCAUAAGCUCAAGCUGCUCUUCAAGCUUCACAUACCUCCAGCUUUCACUGAAGUGGAGUCCCUGAGCCCUUCCAAAGGUGCUCAGCUCUCGAAAGAGGAGCUGAUCCACUUCAGUCUCUUAAAUG